ACUGAAACACAUGCAUACGAAAAAUCAGGAGUUUCAAAAAUAUUUUAUGUAGACGAAAAAAAAGAGAGAGGAGAUAAGACACCUGUGGAGAUACAGUGGUAAAAACGAUCCAACGGCUGAGAUUCACCAACUACACAUCCACUUUAUAAUCUAAUUCGUAACAAAAGCCACACGAAGGCCACACCCCAUUAGCGAGAGAGAGAGAGAGAGAGUCAAAUGGCUUCUUCGAUUCUGAUAAGCUUUGCUCCGGCGACCGUGAGGGUGUACGCGGCGACGGCGAAGGGAACAGCCGUCGGAGCAAAGGAGGAGAAGGGUUUUCUCGACUGGGUUCUCGGGAAUUUGACGAAGGAAGAUCAGUUCUACGAGACAGAUCCCAUUCUGAAAAAGGUCGAGGAGAAGGGAACCACCGGAGGAAACGGCCGGGGAACCACCCGCGGCGGCAAGAACUCGGUAGCUGUCCCUCCCAAGAAGAACGGCGGCUUUGGUGGCCUCUUCGCCAAGAAAUGACAGCACUUUGAAUAUAUAUACACUCCCAUUAAUUUCAUAAUCUAGAUUCUGUACCUUGUUUUCUGGUUCUUGAAAGUUUUAAAGAUGGUAUAUGAACAUCUUCAUCAUCGUUGAUUUGA